GGCGGGGCGGCCGCCAUGAAGUCACCUCAGGCACAGCGCCCGGCGGGCCACGGCUCCGGCCGUCGCCCCGCGGAGCUGCCGGAGGAGGCGGGCGGCUUGGCGGAGGCGCUGGGCGAGUUCGAGGCGGUGCUGGAGGACUUCGCCUGCCCCGCCGGCCGGCGCCGCUUUCAUUACGGCGAGCACCUGGAGCGCAUGAAGCGGCGGAGCAGCGCCAGCACCAGCGACCUCAGCGACUCGGAGAGUGCAGACUCACUCUACAGGAACAGUCUCAGCCUCAGCGAUGAAAAGCUUAACUCUCCAACUGUGUCUACUCCAAGUUUACCAUCUCCAUCAGUAACUCCAUGUAAAGCAAAGCUUGGAGAUACAAAGGAACUGGAAGAAUUCAUUGCUGAUCUUGACAGGACACUAGCAAGUAUGUGAGAUGAAUCUCUAUCGUUAUCUGCCAAUGAAUGUCAUCUGAAGGAUAAGUGACAUCAGUUGCUGAAAACUGCUGCCCUCGUCUGAUAAAUCUGUUACCCAAGAUACUCAUCGUCUGAACAUAACCUUUGUAAACUUGUACAAGUAUUUAACUGGCAAACAUCAGUGUUGUCACUUUGCAGCAGGUGGAAUUGUGUAACUUAAAUGUUACAGCUGUAUUUUGCUUUAAAAUAUAGCUUAAAUUUUAAUUUAAAAUUGCUUUUAUGAAAAUAUAUUUGUAAUUUUAUAUAGUUGAGAAUGUUUAAUGCUUUUUUUCCAUUUAUAAUAUAUUUUUGUAUACAAAUAAACCCUAAACUGGAAUCCAGAUGUCUGAAACUUUCCUGUGAACUAUGAAAUAGGAGCACAAAUUAAGCUCUUACUGAAAACAA